AGAAUAUUUAUUAAGAAAAACAACGAAUUUUCGAUGCACACGAAAAAGAAAAGGAAAAAGAAAAAGAAAAAGAAAACCCUGAGUCAAUCGCCUUCUUCUCUAGUCCACUCUCUUGAAACUGCACAGAAACCACCGCCACUCUCUCUCUCCACACUGCCUGGAUCGUCGCCGAUAUACAAAGUUGGGAGAUUGCUUUUCAGCUUAUGGAUCAGGUUGGUCGAAGUUCAUAGUCAUUGACGAAUCUGUCGGUUGAUUGAUCGUGCUGAUAAUGUUGCAGUACGAGAAAGUUGAGAAGAUCGGUGAAGGAACCUACGGUGUGGUUUAUAAGGCACGAGACAAGGUGACUAAUGAGACUAUUGCUUUGAAGAAGAUCCGGCUCGAGCAGGAGGAUGAAGGUGUACCUAGCACAGCCAUUAGAGAGAUCUCCCUCUUGAAAGAAAUGCAGCACAGCAACAUUGUCAAGUUGCAGGAUGUUGUGCACAGCGAGAAGCGUUUGUAUCUUGUUUUUGAGUAUCUUGACCUGGAUCUCAAGAAGCACAUGGACUCCUCUCCUGAUUUCUCCAAGGAUCUGCAUAUGAUCAAAACCUAUCUUUACCAGAUUCUCCGUGGAAUCGCGUAUUGCCACUCUCACAGGGUUCUCCACCGUGAUCUGAAGCCGCAGAAUUUGUUGAUUGAUCGCGCCACAAACUCACUAAAGCUUGCAGAUUUUGGACUGGCCAGAGCUUUCGGUAUCCCCGUCAGGACAUUUACUCAUGAGGUGGUUACUCUCUGGUACCGAGCACCUGAGAUACUCCUAGGUUCUCAUCAUUACUCUACACCCGUUGAUAUUUGGUCUGUGGGAUGCAUAUUUGCCGAGAUGAUCACCCAAAAGCCCCUGUUUCCUGGAGACUCCGAGAUUGAUCAACUCUUCAAGAUUUUCAGAAUCAUGGGAACUCCAAACGAAGAUACAUGGCCCGGUGUAACUUCGCUGCCCGAUUACAAAUCUGCUUUGCCUAAAUGGAAACCAACGGACUUAGAAUCUUUUGUCCCGAAUCUGGAUCCCGAGGGAAUAGAUCUCCUAUCUAAAAUGCUGUUAAUGGAUCCCACCAAAAGAAUCAACGCAAGAGCUGCCCUGGAGCAUGAUUACUUCAAGGAUCUUAGCGUCAUGCCUUAGACAAUGCUUCAGAACAAGGAAUCUCCUUCAUUCACUAUAUAUAUAAUUAUCUCUCAAUCCUUGUUAAUCCGAAGAAAAUGAAUCAAAAUACAUCAAGUGGCUUUUAUUUUGUGCAAUCAUUUUUUGGGAGUAGUUUUUUUCUUCUUCUAAGCGUUUGAGAUGAUUUUUUGUGUUAUCUUUUUUUACCCAAGUUCAGUAUGCCUUAUAUAUGUUUUUAUUUUGCAAAAUCUCAUACUAUUGUAGUGAUUAUCAUCUGAUGAUCAUUAUGUAAUGUAUCUUAUUGUAUGUUUUCAUCAAUUUGAGUAUGGUCCUGACAUGGAUUAAAGUUU